CGGCGGGGCAUGGCACGCCAUGGCAUCAUAACUGCAGCGCACGCACGCAUGCAUGCAGGGCAGUAUGCGCGCCACCGCGAUUGUGCAGGCAUCCUCAACGGGCACCCCGCCUGGCACCCCUGCCCCUCCCCUCGCUUACAAGCAAGCAACCCAGCAACCCAGCAACCUAGCAGCCAAGCCAGCAAGCAAGCAAGCAAGCAAGCAAGCAAGCCAAACCCCCCAGCCCUCUUGGCUAAAUGCCGCGGACCAGCGCGCCCGUGCCCGUCCGCAUCCACAUCUGAUAACGGGGCGGUGCCCCUCUCUGUUGAUCCCGAAUUCGAUACGAGGUACGGGUGCCGCACUGCUUCCUUAUCAGAUGGCAUGGCAUGAGCAUGACGCCACUGCCUACGGUACCCCUGCCUCACUUAGGUACUGUCCCACAUGUACUGUCCCACUGCCGCUGCUGGGUUGCCGGUUGCGGCAGCGGCCUCGGGUAAAGAAGAAGAGGAAGAGGAGGGGUUGAUGUCUAUUGACAAUUACGGUAAGUGGGGCAGAAGGGGGUGGUGCUUGCUUGCUUGCUUGCUUGCGGGUUUGUGCUGCUUUUGCGGCGUUGCAUACACUACACUACGGAUAUGCUCGAGAGGUGUAGCGACCUGGAGGUACGAGGUCGUGUGC